CUUCAUCUUCAUCUUCUUCGUUCAUCCAUUUCCAGAGAGUGAGAGAAGUCCAGCAGGAAUCAAAGAAGAAGAAGAUGAAGCUUUCCAUGAAACUGCAGGAUCUGAAUUCACAGAAUAACAAUACAAAGAUUCAGAACACAAAUCCAGUUCUUCUACGAGCUAAAGUACCGGUCACCGUCUUCGGUUUUCCGUUUCUAUCUUCAAUCGCCGGUACAGACGCCUCCGAUGUCUCCCUUUCUCUUUCAACAAACUUCUCAUCAGGUCCGUCUCUCAAAUUAUCAUAUUCCCCUAAUUACGUCGUCACGGAUCUCACCGGAACCUGCGCCGCCGCCGCAUCGUCUUCGCCGCCGUUGAGCGUGACGCUCAAGUCUGGCAUCGGUCUCUUCGGAUCGCCGCGCGAUUCGUCUCUUAUGCUCUCCGCUCAUUUCACUGUCAACCCUGGUAACCCUAACCCUAACCCUACUUUCUCUCUUCAAAUUAAACCUCAAUUUGGGAAUUUCUCUCUUCACAAGAUAACUCAUUCGGCUCCCAAGGCUGGGAACAAAUGUGAUAAGGCUGAUGGAGAUAAUUCAUUUGAAUUUCUUCCAUUGGCAAGUCCAUUUCCUUGGAAGGCAAUGGAAUCAUCUCCAUAUAAGGAGUGUCUUUUGUCAGGCAUGGCUGUUACAGCCAAGACGGAGCUUCCUCUGAUGAAGAGGCUUUCAAUGUCAUUCCGUUGGGGAGUCAAUUUUACAGAGGAUAUCAAGAAACAGUUGCCGUACUUGACUGUGAAUAAGAUCUCCAUACAGAGGAUUGAUGCUGUGGAUCAGACUAAGGUGAAACCUGAUAAUGGGGAUAAUAAGAGUGAUCUAAUUGCAAUGAAAGACUUGUUUUUGUCUACUAGAAAAGAGCUGGAGGUCCUGCAGAGUCAUAACAGAGAGAUGGUGUGGGUUUUGGAUGAAAUGAAAACAGCAUCAUCACCACAGGGACGGCAAUGGGCAAAGACUGCAAAUCCAAUCCGAGAGAGUUAUGGUGAUUCUGAGCAGCAGAGGAAGAUUGGUGGUGGUGGUGGAGAUGAAAUUAAUGGUGGGAAGAAAGAGGCUAAGAAGAACAUGAAUCAGCAGUGAGUUUUGCAGAUCAAAAGGCUUGUUCUUCUUUCAAAGAACUUCUUUGAAAUUACUAAAUGAAUGUUGCUUUUAUUACUACUUGUGUGGUGGUGAUUAUGCAUUUAGCUUUGCAUCUUCCAAUUCCCACAAGAACAGGUUGCUCUGUAAUUCUUUGAUUGAGUCCUUCAAUCUCUGUCCGCUUGUUGUUCUUGUUGUUCUGUUUCAAAGAUUCUUAAUAGAUGGUAUGAAUUCAUUUUUGGAAAAGUUAAACCCUUUUUGAUUAUCUGAAUACUUCAAUGGUUGUUCUUCCCUA